AUGGGUGUCCUUCAACAGGUAGCGAGCCACCCGCUCUCGCAGCAGUUCCAGACUCUGGGCCUGGGACCGCAGAUUGCCGUCGCUCUGGGUGGUUUUAUCGCACUUGCGGUUGCUUUGAACGUUGCCAGCCAGAUCCUUUUUAAGAACCCCAAUGAGCCUCCGUUGGUCUUCCACUGGUUCCCCUUUAUUGGCAGCACUGUAACGUACGGAAUGGAUCCUCCCAAGUUUUUCAAGGAAAACCGUGCCAAGUUUGGUGAUGUCUUCACCUUUGUUCUCCUUGGCAAGAAAACCACCGUUGCCGUUGGCCCCGCCGGAAACGAUUUCAUUCUCAACGGCAAGCUCAAGGACGUCAAUGCUGAGGAGAUUUACACUGUGUUGACCACUCCUGUCUUUGGUCGGGACGUCGUCUAUGACUGUCCCAACGCGAAGCUGAUGGAGCAGAAAAAGUUCAUGAAGAUUGCUCUGACGACCGAAGCUUUCCGAUCCUACGUUCCUAUUAUUGCUGGCGAAGUGCAGUCCUAUUUCAAACGCGACCCCGGGUUCAAGGGCAAGUCCGGCAUCGUUGAUAUUCCCAAGAAGAUGGCCGAGAUCACAAUUUUUACUGCCUCCCACGCUCUGCAGGGCAGUGCCAUCCGCGGCAAGUUUGAUGAGUCUCUGGCUGCCCUCUACCACGAUUUGGAUAUGGGCUUCACACCCAUCAACUUCAUGCUGCACUGGGCCCCCCUUCCCUGGAACCGUAAGCGUGACCACGCUCAACGUACUGUGGCCAAGAUCUACAUGGAUACCAUCAAGGAACGCCGCGCCAAGGGCGAUGACGACAAGGAGCUAGACAUCAUGAAGCACCUUAUGAACUCGACCUACAAGAAUGGAACCCCUGUCCCUGACCACGAGGUUGCCCACAUGAUGAUUGCUCUGCUCAUGGCCGGCCAGCACUCGUCGUCAUCUACCAGCUCAUGGAUCAUGCUCCGCCUUGCUCAGAACCCGCACCUCGUCGAGGAGCUCUAUCAAGAACAGAUCAAGGCUCUUGGUGCUGAUCUGCCACCUUUGGCCUACGAAGACCUGUCCAAGCUGCCUCUCAAUCAGGCCAUCAUCAAGGAAACCCUCCGUCUGCACGCUCCCAUUCACUCCAUCAUGCGUGCCGUCAAGCAGCCCAUGCCUGUGCCUGGUACCAAAUAUGUUAUUCCCACCACUCACACUCUUCUCGCCGCUCCCGGUGUCAGUGCCAGCGACCCUACGUACUUCCCCAGCCCCGAAUCCUGGGACCCCCAUCGCUGGGAUACUGACUCCCCCAACGCUCCUACUAUUGUCCGCAAUGUCGCUGAGGAGGAAGAGAAGGUCGACUAUGGAUACGGCUUGGUCAGCAAAGGUGCCGCCUCGCCGUACCUUCCGUUUGGUGCGGGUCGCCACCGAUGUAUUGGCGAACACUUUGCCAACGUACAGCUUCAAACCAUUGUCGCCGAGACGGUCCGUCUGUUCAAGCUGAGCAAUGUCGACGGCAGCAAUACCAUUAUUGGCACCGACUACGCGUCCCUCUUUUCAAGACCCUUGGAACCCGCAAAGAUUCGCUGGGAACGGCGAGAUUAG